UUGCAUAUGGAUGGCAAUAAGAGUUUCCAUGGUAUUUGUGAUAUUUACAGUGUGUCAACAUAUUAUAUUUACCAAUACUAUUUAAUUGAACCGGCAUGUCGUGGUGCCAAAUGUGCUGCAAAGAUACAGGGUGUUCCAAUCCACACACACAGGCGCACUGAGGUUGCCAUACCAUCAUUGCGAGUGCUCUUGCACAACGACGGAUGUGCUUCAUAGUAGCAAAUGUGGUCACUGCGAUGCAGUGAUUGAAAAAACCCACUUAAUGAACACAUUCAUCCACGUAUUUUUAAAGCUAUUUCAAUCUUUUUUUUUUUACUCAGUACAGAAGACAGUUGUUAUAAUGCACGUCACCCUGGAACGAAUUGAUGAUCCUUGCUUUAGGGCUGUUAUAGCAGGUACAGAGGGCAUAUUACCGCUACCGUGGUACAUACAUAUUUAUGUAGAUUACGGAACAUAUUUCAAUGUAUUAGAACUGCUAUGAACUACAUAAACCCAUCUCAACAAAAGAUUGCGGUAGGUAGUGGGCCUGCACCAGAGCAGCUCCUCUCACCAGUGUGCAGUCUUCCAGCCGACAGUCCUUCAGUCAGGUCAGCUUCCUCAGCCUGCCUGUGGAGGUGUGAAGGAGACUUUAUUUGGUUUGCCUCUGAAGUGGUUUGGAGCUGUUACGAGGUGUUAAUGGCCUGAGUAGUGGUUGAAGUCCUACUGAGUGUCCUUCUGCAUGUCUCUGUGGUUCUGACUCUGUGAAUCUACUAGCGCACCGCCUGUUUAGCCGCUGUCUUGCCAUUUAGGCUAUGGGGGGAUUAGCCUAUUCCUAGGGCUCAGAGUUGUUUCUGAACUUGUGAUUUGACCGGGCCUCCAGACUUUUGCCUUGGUCAGGUCAGGUAGUCAGGAAAACUCUGGGCCAGAGGAAUAACUCUCUGUUAUUGGUAUGUUACUCCGGACCAGUUUUUCUUGGUUAAGUUACAAGGUCAGGACAACUCUGGGCCCUGACAUCCAGCCUCCCCAUCAGCUCUGUAGCAGUGAGUUGAGGUCCGACCAGCCAUCCAUCCAGCCAGCCAGCCAGCCGCCAGCCGGUCAACCAGCCAGCCAGUCACCAUGGGGAACAUCUUUGGCAACCUGCUGAAGAGCCUGUUAGGGAAGAAGGAGAUGAGGAUCCUGAUGGUGGGGCUGGACGCUGCAGGGAAGACCACCAUCCUAUAUAAACUGAAGCUGGGAGAGAUAGUCACCACCAUCCCCACUAUCGGGUUUAACGUGGAGACGGUUGAGUAUAAGAACAUCAGUUUCACGGUGUGGGACGUGGGUGGCCAGGACAAGAUCAGGCCUCUGUGGAGACACUACUUCCAGAACACACAGGGUUUGAUCUUUGUGGUGGACAGUAACGACCGUGAGCGGGUGAACGAGGCUCGGGAGGAGCUGAUGAGGAUGCUGGCUGAGGACGAGCUACGAGACGCCGUGCUUCUCAUCUUCGCUAAUAAACAGGACCUGCCCAAUGCCAUGAACGCAGCAGAGAUCACAGACAAGCUGGGGCUCCACUCCCUACGUCACCGCAACUGGUACAUCCAGGCCACCUGCGCCACCAGCGGAGACGGCCUGUACGAGGGCCUCGACUGGCUGGCCAAUCAGCUGAAGAACAAGAAGUGAGUGGACCAAUCAGAGGAGAGUGAAGAGAAACCUUAGUGUCAGCUCUUGAAACAGGAAGUGGUAGUUGGUUGUAGUUGAUCCAUUGAGUGAUAAAUCCUGACACGGCGGGAGUGAAAUGUGAUUGGUAUGUGCUGUAGGAAGGGGGCUUAAACUGUACCAUUCCUUGAGGACCUUUUCAACCCGAUGUCAAUUAUUAAAAACAGUUAUCACCUUUCAGACAUGUGCCAUCAAUGUCAAUACAUGACAUUUCCUACAUAAUUAUGAACGCAUUGAUAAGCAUCCCGUUUUUGGAAACACUAUUUAUGUAUUCAUUAAUUAAUUAAUGAAUACAUUAUUUAUUUAUUUAUUCAUUUAUGUAAUUUGACUUAUACAUCAGAAUGGAUACUAGCAAUGUUAGUUGGUUUUGGAACCCAGUAUUAUGCAUGGCCGUACAGUAAAAGAUCUCUCGGAAAUGAAGUUUGGAAUUGUAUCUGUCUAAUGUUAUCUAUUUAGCCAGUCUUCUGACAUUAUUCUCCUUUUACACUCAAAUUGCUACUGCUGGUUGGAGCAAUGCAGUAAUGCUAGAUAUUAUUGAACAGUGACAUAGGUUUGUGUAAAACACAUCCAAUAUGCAAGAGCAUGCUUUUUUCUAUGUCAACUGUAUAUUACCCAUUUUACUGAACAAGUACAAACAUAUACCUGAAAAAUAUAUACCUGAAAAAUACCUGAAGGAGUCAUCGUGGUUGAUAUGUUCAAUUGUAGUUAUCGGGAUUUGUGUAUGGACUGAUAUAUAUCGAUAUAAAGACGGAAUCCGCAUUAGGGGAUACAGCGCCACUGCCCCCCAGCGCCUUUGUUAUUGUUUUGAUUUUGUUGACUAAAUGUAGGUGAGGAGAACCCAAACCGAGGUGAGCAGCUUGGUAAAAAUAUAUAUAUAUAUAUUUGCAGUACAUUUUCUUCUGUUCUACCGUGUGUGCAAUGCUGUCAGGUGUGGGGGGGGGGGGGGGGGGGGGGGCUGUGUUUGUUGUUUGCAGUAACCUCUUUGUUGUUGUAACAUCCCACAUGGAACUCAAAGGAUUCCAGCUUUAACAUUACAGCUUGUGUAUUACAUUUCCCACAUUGAGUUUAGUUUGAUGCAGCAGUUGUUUUUGUGGCCUUAUUAUCGCUAGUGUUGAAAACCCCUUAUUCUGAUGAUGGUGUUGUGUGUAAAGUUUAACAUCAAGCGGGACCACAGUUGUGGCAAAAUGUAUCAAUUCAUGUCUUGAUUUUUCCCUCCUUUAACUCAGUUGAGUCUGUGCAAGAAAAACAAAACACAAAAGUCAUGUUAUAUUACUGUAACAAUGUAAUUACUCAACAUUCCAGUUAACGAUGUGUAUUAAAAUGAAUUGAAACAGGGUUUUAUUUAUUGAUGUUACCAGACAAAAAAAAGUGUGACGAUUAAAUCCUAGUUAAGAGUACAUAUGUAUUGGUGAGGAUGUGUCCAGUGAUAACAGUUUAACUGCACUGGUAAGUCAAUAAAAAAAUACCUACAUUCUUUCA